AUGGCCAGUCAGGUUGAUGUCCUUCUCUAUGGGCUGGGAGCCAUCGGUUCCUUCUACGCCUUCAUUCUACAUCGUAGUAACAAAGUUCGUCUGACCGUUGUCGCCCGGUCCAACUACGCAGCCGUCAAGGAGAAUGGCAUCCUUCUGAAAAGCGCAAACCACGGCGAGCAUCGAUUCUAUCCAGACCACGUGGUCCGCUCGCCCUCAGAACUCACCCAUCCAGUCGACUAUGUUGUCUGCACCAACAAAGCCAUUGACCCUGCCAGUGCCGUCCACUCCCUAGCACCAGCAAUUGGCAACGACACCACGAUCGUGAUCAUCCAGAACGGCGUAGGGAAUGAAGAGCCCUUCUGCGAGGCAUACCCAUCGUGCAGCAUCAUCUCCUGCGUUACAUGGGUCGGAGCCUCCCAGCCCACCCCAGGCACCGUUAUACACACCACAUCCGAAGAUACCGAACUCGGUCUUUACCCGAACCCCAAGGUUUCAGAUGCCGUGGAGGCUGAACGUCUCAACACGUUCGCGGGCCUCCUUGCCGCAGGUCAAACCCGUCACACCGUGCAUGAUCAUAUCCAACCGACCCGCUGGUCCAAAGUUAUCUGGAACUGCGCCUGGAACACCCUGACGACCUUGACCGCUCUGGACACGCAGGCAUUCUUGCAAUCCUCCCCGGAUGCCAUUCCCUUCACGCGACGGCUCAUGAGCGAGGCCGUGGCGGUGGCUCGUGCUGCUGGUGUCCCUCUCCCGGAUGAUCUGAUCGACACCCAAUUGGCACGGAUCCAAAGUCUCGGGGCGGUGCGGACGAGUAUGCAGAUCGACCGGGAGAAUAACCGGCCGAUGGAGAUUGAGGUGAUUGUAGGUACGCCAGUGCGUAAGGGGCGGGAGUUGGGCGUUCCUACGCCUGUGUUGGAGACGCUUCUAUCGAUAGAGCUAGACGAGUGGGAUACUAGAGAGUGGCAGUAUGUCUCGUGCUUCGAGUAG